AUGAAACUCAAUUAUAAAACCAUGAAAGAAAAAAAAGAAAAUUGUUUUUAUAUUAUUUCGUUAAGUUUGCUUGCGACAGGGUUUGCUUUUAUUCAUAUGCAUCACGUUUCAACUUUAUUUGAAAAUGACCGUCAUUUUUCUCAUUUGUCCAAUUUGGAAAGAGAAAUGACUUUUAGAACAGAAAUGGGAUUUUAUUAUCAUUAUUAUAAAAAAAUAAUAAAUGCUCCAUCGUUUGAAUCGGGGUUAAAAGCUUUGCUUCAAGACAAUCAAACAGAAUAUCCAGAUGUUAUUAAUGCUUUACAAAGGUUUAAUUUAUAUCCAGAGGUUUUCAUUGGUGGCCUAUACAGAAUUUUUGAUUUUGUUACAAAAAGAUAUGAUAUUACUACUAAACAGUGUUGGGAGGUUAACAGAGGUCAAUCGUUACCACCUGUAAACAGCUGUGAGGGACUAGGAGAUCCAAUGUAUUUUUAUUUAGAAUUUGUUUGGUACUGUGCUGGAUUGUCAAAAGCAGUAUUAUUUAUUUAUGCUGUUGUUUUAAGCAACUCAUUCGGAGGAGGACUUUUGACAGUUUUAGGGUUUCUUUUUAACCAUGGACAUUGUACUAGAGUUCAAUGGACUCCUCCUUUAAGAGAAAGUUUUGCAUAUCCGUUUUGCCUCAGUCAAAUGUUAGCAAUCACAUACUGCCUUAAAAGUUCAAAAAACAAAAUAAAUACAAAAUGGAAUUUAUUAUUUCAGGUUUGGACUAUAACUUUAUCAAGUACUAGUUCAUUAUUACUGUGGCAGUUUUCUCAAUUUGUGCUGGCAACUCAGGUUGUGGCAAUAUUAAUAAUGUUUUGUUUGGGAAUAAUCCAUAAAAAAACUGUUUUAAUUAUUUUAGUUUCUCAAUUGGUUGGGCUUCUACAAGCUGCCGUAUUAAUGUUUGGAAAUGAAUUUCUUUUUCAAUCAAUCUUGUUCAGUCUUUUGAUAUCUUCAAUAGCAAUUGUUUUAAGUUGUGAUUUUAAAAUUCAUUAUCCAUCUUUUCAUGGAGGCUUUAUAUUAAUAUCCAGUCUUGUCAUAACAUUUUCAUUGAAAAGUAAAAUUAGUCGUUUUUUCAGUGAACAUGAUGCUCACAUAUUCGAUUUAUUAUUAGCUAAAGUAACUAAUUUUAAAAAUUUUCACACAAUGUUAUACACUUGUUCACCCGAAUUUGAUUUCUUGCCACUUUCUACAGUGUAUGAAUUAACAAUAACCGGCUUGAUUCCUACAGUAUUAAUUGUAAUUGGCAUAUUACUUUUUAAAUGGGGAAAACACUUCAUUUUUAAAAAACAAAAACAUGGCCAGUCACAAAAUGUAAUCGAUCCUGAAGUUGUUUACAAUUUUUUACAAUUAGGGGCCUUUACCAUUAUGACUUACUUUAUUAUGAGGUUAAAAUUAUUUUGGUCACCACAUUUAUGUCUUAUGGCUUCCUUGAUCAUGUCGACAAAGUAUUUGUCUUCUAAAAACAAUUUAAGGUAUUCCAUUUUAACGAUACUCAUUGCGGCCAUGAGUUAUCACGGAAUAAAUAACAUCAUCAGACAAAGGAAUAUAAUGGGUGAAUAUAUAAAUAUUCCUUUUGAAGAAGUACUUACUUGGAUCUCUUCCGAAACAUUACCCACCGAUGUUUUUGCCGGUCCCAUGUCAAUUAUGGCAAAUGUUUUAUUAUCAACGGGAAGAAGAAUUGUAAAUCAUCCACAUUACGAACAUCACAACAUGAGAGAAAGAACUUUAAAAGUUUAUUCCGUAUUCAGUCGGCAAAAUCCUCAACAAGUAUUUUCCACAUUGAUUGAUAUGGGAGUCGAUUACGUCAUCCUCGAUGAAACCUGGUGUUUUUAUCAAAGCAGAGAAAAUUGUAGCAUGAUCGAUUUAUGGGAUUUGGUAGAUUUAGAAAAUGCAAACAACGAACCAUUAUGUCCGAAACUUUUUAACGGAAAUCCCGAGCCAUUUAUCAGAGCUUUUGCCAACGACGUAUUUGUUAUAUUAUCGUUAAAAGCGAGACAAUUCAUUGAAAUAACACCCUUACGUCAAUAUCAAAUAUGA